AACCCUAAUUUGGAUUGCGAUAUUUGUCGAUUUGGGAUUGGAAUUCUCAACUCUGUGGGCCGUUUUCUGCAAACGAGUGGUUCUCAGCGCUCGUUGCUUGCCAAGCAAUAAAAAUCUACCAAGAUUUCGCACAAUCGUCUCCACUUGGAUAGGUAAUUUCGGUGGCGACUAGAGAAUUUCGAGUCUUGUAAAUUGGAUAGUAUAUCGGCUCGAUAUUUUCCGCCAUGAGAGCACUCCAAGCUUCCUCCUCGUACGGCGCCAUCGCCGUUCCAAUCGCUGCACCUCCCGCGCCUUCGCGUCGCCGCCGCGCUAUUUCGGCUAAAACUGAACCGACGGAGAAAUCAGUGGAAAUAAUGAGGAAAUUCUCGGAGCAGUAUGCGCGGAGGUCGGGCACUUAUUUCUGCGUUGAUAAAAGUGUGACAUCCGUUGUUAUCAAGGGAUUGGCAGAACACAAGGAUACAUUGGGGGCACCCCUCUGCCCUUGUAGGCACUAUGAUGAUAAACCUGCCGAGGCACAGCAGGGUUUUUGGAACUGUCCCUGUGUUCCUAUGAGAGAGAGGAAGGAAUGCCACUGCAUGCUUUUUCUAACACCCGACAAUGACUUUGCCGGCCAAGAACAGGGCAUUACAAUGGAAGAGAUCAGAGAAACAACAGCAAGUAUGUGAGGGGGGAAAUGAUCCAUCCGCCAUUGUUGACAGUGCAGUGUUUUUUUGUAUGUCUUUAAAGUGGCUUUGUAUCAAAUAUCACUCAUUACUACUACCACUCUAUUGCAAAUAAUACAGUGUUACUAAACUUACCAAAUCCCUUGAUGAAUUUUUCAAUGUUUUUAAAAGAAUAUCAAAAUAAAGAGACAAAUGUUCGCAUGUA